AUGGGGGAGCGCAAGGUCCUAAACAAAUACUUUCCACCGGACUUUGAUCCAUCGUUAGUUCCACGCCGAAAGAAACCUAAAAAUGAACAGGUGGAAGUUCGUAUGAUGCUUCCCUUUUCUAUCCAAUGUGCUACGUGUGGUGAAUACAUGUACCGUGGUAAAAAGUUUAAUUCACGUAAGGAAGAAGUACUGGAGGAGAAUUACCACGGUAUUCGCAUUUAUCGCUUUUAUAUCAAGUGCAUCACGUGUUCGUCGGAGAUCACGUUCAAGACGGACCCUAAACGUGGUGACUACGUGGCAGAGCAUGGCUGUCAACGGAAUUUUGAGCCUUGGCGAGAGAAUGAAGACGAACAGGAGGCGGCCGUCGCCCAACGAGUCGAAGAGGAGAAAGGAGACGCUAUGAAGGCAUUGGAGAACCGCACACUUGACUCGAAGCGGGAGAUGGACAUUUUGGAUGCACUGGAUGAGAUUAAAGCCAUUAACCAACGUCACGCUAAAGUGGAUACGGACAAAUUGCUGCAGCAACACGCAGAUGUGGGGAAAAUUAGCAAGGAAGAGCAGGAAAAACAGCUUGAGGAGGACCGACAAGAGGCACAUCGUGUGUUUGAACAGAAGCAGAAAUUGCAGUUGAAGCAGAAUGCUCACAAGCGACCAGUGGACGACGCCAGUGAAGAAGCGAAGGCUGGUAAUCCUUUAACAGGCCUCGUUACAGCUUCUUCGACAAGUACGCCAUCGUUGAAGCUGGCUGUGACGAUCAAGAAGAUGACGACCAUAGCUACAAAGAAGAAGAAAAACAACAAGGUUAAGGCGAAGACGCCUAUUCAAUCUGUUGCAAGCUUAGUGGCAGAAUAUAGCGACAGUAGUGACGAAUAA